AUCGGAUACUGCGCCAUAUUGAACCUAAAAUGGCAGCGCAGCAUAUCGUAGUACCGCCAUCGAAACAUACGAUAUUUAUCCGAGGAUUUUCGUCUCGAAUUCCAGCGGAUAAUAUCAAGUCUUUUUUUGAGAAUGAAACGAGAGAAACAGCUUCUUUGGAAUUUUUUCGUGAAUCUGAAGAUAAAAAGAAUCUGUAUGUUGCUCUCAGAUUUGAAUCUAAAUCGGCAGCUAAAGACGCACUCGACAGAUUUAACGGAAAAGAGGUACUUGGCUCUUUCAUAAAGAUCACAUUCUUUCGUGAUAUGAAAAAAGCAAGGCAGAAGGCACAAGAAAUGUAUGAACAAGGAGAGGGACCAGAUCCUCGUGAAAUCUUUAAGAGCGGAGGUCAAAGACAAACGAGAGGACGAGGAAUUGGAUUUCCUCCGAGAAACCAUAGCCGUACUAGAGUAAAUCAUGGACAUGACGCUGCUAGAAGAGGCUACAACGAAAAUUACUAUACGAAGCAUGACAGAUAUUCCUCCUCCCGUUCCAUGUCUGCUUCGUACUCUCGAAGCAGGUCUUAUUCACCAAAACAUUCAAGAACGAACUCUUUUUCCGAAUACUCUCCUGUUCCUGAAAAAAGAGAGAAAAAAAUGCAUCCUGAAUCAAAGGAAGGACACUUGAAGUCGAAAACUGAUGUUGGUAAGUCAAAAACUUACAACCAAUAUACAUACGAUGAAGAGGAGGAUGGCGAGUAUGCAUCGGCAGAUAACCGUCAGAACUAUGACGAUGACAUGGAAGGAUAUGCAUCAGAUUACAAUAGAAAAGGAUCUCAGUCAAAAUCUGUAAUAGAAUUAGGCGUUUCGGGAACUAAUGGUGCAGUGAAACAAGAGAAGAAAAGGAGAAUUGAAGGAACCGAUGAUUUGGAUGAACUUUUUAGUUUUAGACCAGAGAAAUUGGCCAAAGUUCAAAAGAAAAAAGAUGAAAUUGAGAAAUCUUUCAAGCAGGAUUGUGAAACUUUUGCUGCAGUAGUAAAGAUGCUGAUUAGCAAGGACGAAUCUCUUGAAGAGAAGCUGCAGAAUUCCUUAAAAGAGAAUCUUAGAGAGAUUGGUCAAAGAUGUAUUCAAGAGCUGAAAGAAUAUAUUGAAAAUCUAAAAGAAGAGUAA